AUGGCUGGAGCACCUGCCACAUCGAAUUCCUUUCUCGGUGACAUUAGUGAAGAUUUCCUUAGCUGUUCAAUCUGUUUGGAGAUCUACAAGAAUCCUAAAGUUCUACCAUGUCUUCAUACAUUCUGUCAGCAAUGUUUGGUGACUUUUAAGGCUAAAUCUGGAGGUGUUUUGAAGUGUGCAACAUGCAGAAUUCAGUGUGACACUCCCAUCCAGGAACUGAAGUCCAACUUUUUCUUAUCAAGCCUACUUGACACAUACCAGCGACAGAGACAGCUGAGUACUGACCAUCCACAAGAGUGUGAGAUAUGUCAAGAGAAGACAGCAACUCACAUGUGUGUAGACUGUCCACAGUUCAAUUGCGAUGGAUGUGUUACUAUUCAUAAACGCAUAUUAGCUCUUCGUUCUCAUGAAGUGCUUACACUAGAGAAGUACAAAGAGAUAGAAUCAAAGAGUCAUCUAAAUGAGCAGUCCAAAGUUUUCUGCAGUGUCCAUAAAGACAGCCAUUUAGAAUUCUACUGUGACACAUGCCAGGUACCUGUCUGUUACAAGUGUACUAUAGUUAAACACAGAGUUCCUGAACACAGGCAGCGAGACUUACAACAGGUAGUAGAUGAGUAUAAAACACAACUGAGGAAAAUAUUAGGACAGUUACAAGUGAAAGAGAAACAAGUGGAAAAACUAAAAUCAGCUGCUGAAUCUACAAGAGAAGGUAUCCUAAAUCACUAUGAAGCAGAGAAAGUGAAAGUUGCAACAAGAGCAAAAGAAAUGAUAGAGAGAGUAAAAAGAGAAGAGAAGAUGCUGAUCGAAACCUUAGACGAAAAAGCCCGGAUGGGAUUAAAAGAUGUGGAAAUGAGUAUCAAUGAGAGAGAAUUUCACCAUGGCAACAUUGUCAGCACACAUCAUUAUCUAGAAACACUGGUGCAUCAUGGUAAUGCUGUUCAUCUACUAUCUACCAGGACUGAAACUAUGAAGCACAUGAAAGAGAUGGUUGCUAUGGAAACCAAAUCACUCAAUCGUCAUGAUAUCACUGAGUUCCAUCCAUGGAGAGAACAUGCAAUGAUGGGGGUGAUUCAAUCAGAUGUCUGUCCAUCCAAAUGUACAGUUGAAAACAUUCCGAAACAACUUCUGAAAGGUGUACCCGUCAAGCUGCUCAUCAAAACCAGAGAUUCCAAAGGAAACCAAGUCAUCCCCCGUCAAGAUGUCACAGUGAAGACAAAAAAUCCUGAUGCAUCAUGGGAAGGCAUUGAUGUUGAAGACAAUAACGAUGGGACAUUUCAUGUGACAAUAAUGAAAAAGAUGGUGGGAAUACAUCAAGUUGCCAUGACAAUAGCUAACCAACAUAUACCAGGAUCCCCAUUCCAUAUUCCUGUCAUCCAAUUGGUGGGAAAAGCAGGAAGUGAGGGUCAGCUUAGCUAUCCUUGGGGACUAACCAUAAAUAAACAUGGUGACUUUGUCACAGCUGAUAGAUGGAACAACAGAGUGACCAUUCAUGACAGUGAUGGUAAUUACAGACAAUCAUUCAGAUUUACUGAUCAGUUUGCAAAGCGAUUCAGUCCAUGUGAUGUAGCAAUAUCAGAUGAUAAUGAAUACUUUAUGUUAGAUGAUAGUAACAAACAAGUAGUAGUGAGUGAUGAAAAUGGAAAGUUAAUUAGAAAGUUUGGUAGCUCUGAAAUUGAUAACCCAUUUGGAAUUGCAAUUAAUCCUGUUAAUAAGAAUGUGUAUGUGAGUGAGUAUGAUAAAGAUUGUAUUAGAAAGUAUACCCAGAGUGGCGUGUAUAUAAAGUCAUUUGGAAGAAGUGGAAAAAAACAGAAAGAGUUCCAUAGACCAAACAUGUUAGCCACGAACAGUAAAGGAUUGGUGUAUAUACCAGAUAUGAAAAACCACCGUAUUCAGGUAUUCAAUUCUGAUGACCAGUUUAUGUUUGAAUUCUCUUCAACUGGUGGCAGCACAAUGAGUCAUCCCAGGGCAGUAGCCAUAGAUAAGAAUGAUCAUGUGUACGUUAGUAGUGAGCAUAAAGUAACUAAGCAUGACAGCAAUGGUGGGUUUAUUUGUAGGAUUGAUAGUGAGAAAGAUGGACUGAAUAGUCCCCAUGGCGUAGCAGUGUGCCAUGAUGGUAGAAUAGCUGUAGUGGACAGGGACAAUCAGUGUAUCUCAGUGUUAGAAAAGUGA